AUGCUUUGGGAAAAUGGUAUCAAUGGCAUUUUAGCUGAUGAAAUGGGGUUGGGGAAGACGAUCCAGUGUAUUGCAACAAUAGCACUGAUGGUGGAGCGAGGAGUCCCUGGUCCAUUCUUAGUAUGUGGUCCUUUGUCUACUCUUCCAAAUUGGAUGUCUGAAUUCAAGAGAUUUACUCCAGAGAUUCCACUAAUGCUCUAUCAUGGAGCUCGACAGGAACGUCGUAAACUGGUUUGUAAAAUUCACAGGCGACAAGGAUCACUGCAAAUCCAUCCUGUGGUCAUUACUUCCUUUGAAAUAGCAAUGCGGGACAGAAAUGCCCUACAGCACUGCUUCUGGAAAUACCUAAUAGUGGAUGAAGGUCACAGGAUUAAAAAUAUGAACUGCCGCCUUAUCAGAGAAUUGAAACGGUUUAAUGCGGACAAUAAACUCCUGUUGACUGGUACUCCCCUGCAAAACAACUUGGCAGAGCUUUGGUCAUUGCUUAACUUCCUGUUGCCAGAUGUGUUUGAUGAUUUGAAAAGCUUUGAAUCCUGGUUCGAUAUUACCAGCAUUACAGAAACUGCCGAAGAUAUUAUUGCUAAAGAAAGGGAGCAAAACAUCUUGCAUAUGCUGCAUCAGAUUCUGACACCUUUCUUACUGAGAAGACUGAAAUCCGAUGUUACUCUUGAGGUUCCUCCUAAACGAGAAGUUGUGGUAUAUGCACCGCUGGCAAAGAAACAAGAAACUUUCUAUACUGCCAUAGUAAAUCGCACCAUUAGGAAACUGCUUGGAAAUAACGAGGAAGAAGUAGUUGAAUUGAGUCCUACAGGCAGACCAAAACGCCGUAGUCGAAAACUGGUUGAUUAUUGUGAAGAACAUAAUGGUUCACCUGAUGACUUGGAAAAAUUGAUCAGCAAAAUGCAAGAGGAAGUAGAAAAAGAGAGGCCAGUCGUAGAAGUGAGCAUUCCCAUGGAUUCAGAGGUGAACCUUAAACUGCAGAAUAUUAUGAUGUUACUGAGGAAAUGUUGUAAUCACCCCUAUCUUAUUGAAUAUCCAUUGGACCCUGCUACACAGCAAUUCAAGGUUGAUGAAGAUCUAGUAAAGAAUUCAGGCAAGUUUCUACUCUUGGACCGAAUGCUUCCAGAACUGAAAAAGAGAGGACAUAAGGUCUUGUUGUUCUCGCAAAUGACUAUGAUGCUUGACAUUUUGAUGGAUUACUGCUAUCUGAGAGACUUCAAAUUUAGUCGAUUGGAUGGCUCUAUGUCCUACUCAGAGAGAGAAGAAAAUAUGCAUAAAUUUAAUACUGACCCUGAAGUCUUCCUGUUCUUAGUGAGUACAAGAGCUGGAGGCUUGGGCAUUAACUUAACUGCGGCAGACACAGUUAUCAUAUAUGAUAGUGACUGGAACCCCCAGUCAGACUUGCAGGCCCAAGACAGGUGUCACAGAAUUGGCCAGACAAAGCCAGUGGUUGUUUAUCGUCUUGUGACAGCAAAUACUAUUGACCAGAAGAUUGUGGAGAGAGCUGCUGCCAAGAGGAAGCUGGAGAAGCUCAUUAUCCACAAAAAUCAGUUUAAAGGUGGCAAAUCUGGUCUAGCACAGUCAAAGAGUUGCCUGGACCCUCAGGAAUUAAUAGAAUUACUGAAAUCCAGAGACUAUGAGAGGGAGGUUAAAGGAUCUAAAGAAAAAGUAAUCAGUGAUAAAGAUCUAGAGUUACUCUUGGAUAGAAGUGAUCUUAUUGAUCAAAUGAAGACCUCUGAAAAAAUGAAAAAGGAAAAAAUGGGUGUCUUCAAGGUCCUAGAAGAAUCGUCAGAUUCCAGUGCAGAAUGUGUGUUUUAAUGUGCAAAUGUGGCCUGUAGUCUUACAGGAUAA